CAAAGUUAAAGUUGUUUUGAGCGCGGCAAGCAAAGAGUCAACGGUUUAGCGAUUAUUUGAUUUCAAAACUGGAAAAUGGCCGAAGAAUCGGCGGUUAAGGUUUGUGUUCGGGUUCGCCCAACAAUUGAGAGAGAAGAAAGUGUUGAUUCAGAUACGACAGAGCCUGUGCAACUCUUCUGGAAAGCUGAUAAGAAAUCAAUUUAUCAGAUUGAUGAUGGCAACUCAACAAAGAGCUUCAGUUUUGACCGGGUGUUCACCGCGGAACAAACAACCGAUCAACUUUACCAGGCUAUCGCAAAGCCGUUGGUUGUUUCAACUGUCGAAGGAUACAACGGCACCAUAUUUGCUUACGGCCAGACAUCUUCAGGAAAGACAUUCACUAUGAUGGGGAGUGGCCACGCUCCUGGUGUCAUACCAAUGGCUGUUGAAGAUGUGUUCCAAACCAUUAAAAAAAAUUGUCCGAAUAAGAAGUUUCUUCUGAGGGUAUCUUAUAUGGAAAUCUACAAUGAAACUGUGACUGAUCUCCUUGUUGGCAGCUGGAAAAGAAAACCUCUAGAAGUCAGAGAGACACUAAAUAAAAACAUCUAUGUUGCUGACCUGACGGAAGAAGUGGUCAAUUCUCCUGCACAAGCGCUUGCGUGGAUUCGUAAAGGAGAAAAGAAUCGUCACUAUGAAAAGACUAAAAUGAACCAGCGGAGCAGCCGUUCACACACCAUUUUUCGAAUGAUCCUAGAGAGUGAAAGAAGCGACCCCGCAUCGGGUGAAAAUGCAGAUGGAGCAGUUAUUGUUUCCCAUUUGAAUUUGGUUGACUUGGCUGGAUCAGAGAGAGCGAGCCAAACGGGGGCUGAGGGAGCCCGCUUCAAAGAAGGCUGCAAUAUCAAUCGCAGUCUUUUCACACUCGGCCAAGUGAUAAAAAAACUUAGUGAAGAAAGCCAGAGGGGGUUCACAAAUUACAGAGACAGUAAGCUCACCCGCAUACUUCAGAACUCCCUGGGUGGAAAUGCCAAAACUGUCAUCAUCUGCACAAUUACUGCUGCUGCACUGGAUGAGACACUGAGCACUCUUCAGUUUGCCAGCACGGCAAAGAAAAUGAAGAACGAUCCACAUGUCACGGAAGUGUGUGACGACGGCGCUCUGCUCAAGAGAUAUCGCAAUGAAAUUGUCGAGCUCAAGAGGCGACUUCAUGAGGUUUCCUCAGGAACACAGACCACUGCAACGGAGAAGGAGGUGCUCUCGCAGCUUAUCCAAGAAAAAGAUCAACUUCAGAGAGAACAAGAGGACCGAAUUAAAAACCUCACAAAAUUGUUGGUCACAAGCACCAAUGUGGUUCAGGUUCAGAAGUUUCCCAAGCGCAGAGUUACAUGGGGUGGAAAAAUGAUGUGCUUGGCCGCUCCAGGUACUGAUGAAGGUAGUCCUUCCAACCGCAGCUUUGCAGGGUAUGCUUCACGUAAGAGGAAAAGUAAUCGCUCCUGUAUGAUGGAGCUGACUGAAGAUGAUGAAGACUUUGACUCUCUGUGGGAGAUACCUGAGGAGCCAUCUGAUGACACAGACUCCAGUCCAAGCUUUGUGUCUGUCCGUUGCUCUAAAAAGAGCAGAGAGGCUGAACUGGACUUGGAGCUUCAAACUGUAGACCACCAAAAUCAACAAGCCUUGGAGAAAAUUCUGGAAAUGGAGGAGAAGGCUGCGGAAGUUGACCUUCAGCUUAAAAGUGAAACUCAACAGAGGUUAGAGGCUGAGUCUCAAGUAAAGAUGCUGGAGUUGUCUGUGGCAGAACUGAAAGGGCAGCUUGAAGAGCAGAGCCAUGUGCAAUGUGAAGCUGACAAACAGCUACAAAGAGAUUUUGGAGAAACUAUCCAACUUUGUGAGAACCUUGCCACAGAGAAGGAUAUGCUGGCUAAUGAGCGAGACUCUCUCAAACAAGAUCUGGACAUAUUGAGGAAGCAAACCACGAGCCUAGAAAAAGACAUUACUUGUCUUUCACGGGAGCUGGAGGAGAAGAAGGAGAAUGAUGAGUUUAUCUGCCUUGAGAAGCAAUUUGGGACAGAACUUGAGGAUGAGUUGAAAAGGGAAGUAUCCUCAUUGAAGAUGGCGAUGGAAUCCCGUGAGCUCCAGUGCUUGGAACUUCAGAAAACAUUGGACACUGUUUCCGAAGAGCUGAAGCAGAAAACCAAAUUUGCUGCUGAUCUUCAGAAUAUGAACGGCAAAAACUUAGUUGAAGAAGUGACAAAGCUCCGUCGCUCACUCGACGAUGCGGAAGGACUCAGCAUUGAGACAAAGAAAGAAUGGGCAGUCCUGCGCAGUGAAAACAUUGCCCUGGAAGAGUUAAAGAUGACUCUGACUCUCGGUCACGAAAAAAUGGAGGCCGAGGUCAACAGCCUUCGCUUUCAACUUGAGGCUGAGAAAUCACGUUUCAAAAAGAUGCAGCUGGAUCUCCAGAAAGAGCUAAAUGUUGUGUUUGAUGAGAACACCAAGCUCACUGCUAUUCUAGAUGGAAAACUCCCGAAAAAUCAGAUAGAAAGGACAGUUAUCAAUCUGAAUAAAGAGCUGGCAGCAUCCAAAGAGGCAGAGGGUGCCCUUAGAGCUCAGCUAGAGGAAAUGACAUCACUUCAGGCUCUUCCAAAUGAAGUGAACAACCUGAAUAACAAGUUGACUGAGCUGACUGAGGAGCUGAUUGGUGUCCAAACUCAGAGAGAUGAGCUGCUCUCAAGUCAAGCUGCAUGCCAAGAGGAGAUUCAGCAGCUCAAGGACAACCUGCAGAAAUACCAUUGUGACAUUAUCCAACUACAGGACUCCUUAAGUGCCACCACACAAAGGGAAACUGACCUGAUGAAGCAGUGUACUGAUGCUGGUAUACAGCUGGAAUUUCUUCAGUCGGAUCUGGAACAGUCCGAAGCUGAGAAGAGUCGCCUCAUUGCCGUUGCUGCAGAAAGUAACCAGAAGGUUGCAGAGACUCAAGAUCUUCUGUGCUCUCUUCAGGAUGAACUUCAAUUGCAAAAUCAAAACUAUUUGGACCUUAUAAAAAAACAGAACGAAUCUGUAGUAGGUCAAUCUAGCUCUACUGAAGAGAUCGAGAAGCUAGUCUCUGAAGUCACAGCUCUCACUGCAGAAAGAGAUUCACUCAAGGUGGAUAUGCAAGAUAAUGUAGAGAUGAUGAUCGAGAAUCAAGACGAGCUAAGGACUGCCCUUGAGAAAAUCUGUGCUCUGAAAUGCCAAGUCAGUCAGUUAGAGAAUACCCAAACAUCCAACGUGGGAAAGUCUACUGACGACAUGACCGCAGAGUUUGGGGUGCUUCAAACACAAAUAAAGGAUUUGAGCGAAGAGCUUGAACGUGUGAAAGUCGAGAGAGAUGGCCUGCUCGUCACUAAGGAAGCCGGACAUGAGACUUCUCAGGAUGAGAUUCAAAAGCUGUUGUGCAAAGUAAUGUCACUCAGUGAAGAGAGGGAUCAGCUCCAUGAGACGGUUGAGGGACUAAGAGAGGAGAAGAACCAGCUUCGAGAGGAGUUUGAGGAAAGGAUGGUGAUGAUUCAGUGUGGAUUACAGCAAGAGCUGCUCGGCUCAGCUGCACAGUCACUGAAAGAAGAACAAGAGGCGCAACAAAAUAUGCAGAUCCAACAGCUGCAGCAGCAUCUGGAGAAAUCUCAGGAGGAGGUGACUUUAUUGAAAACGGACCUUCAAGAAUCUCAAGAGCUGACAAAGGCUCUAACAGAAGAACUUGAUCAGACUAAAGCUGAGAAAAAUGUCUUACUGGCUGAGAAAGAAGUUAGCUGCCAGAGCUCCGAAGAGGAUAUUGAGAGUGUGACAUGCAGAGUGAUGUCUCUCAGUGAGGAAUGCUCUCAGUUGCAGAAGACAGUGGAGGAUCUCAAAGAAGAGAAACAAGAGAUAUCUAUCAUCCAGGAGAAGAUGAGUGAGCAGAAUCAGUUAAGCUUGCAACAGCUGUCAGAAACAAGAGAACGAGAGGCCGGCCUUCAACAAGAGAUAAAGAAUUUGAGUGAAGAGCUUGAAUGUGUGAAAGCCGAGCGGGAUAGCCUAAUUGUCACCAAGGAAGACGGACGUGAGACUUCCCAGGAUGAGAUUCAGAAGCUGUUGUGCAAAGUAAUGUCACUCAGUGAAGAGAGGGAUCAGCUCCAUGAGACGGUUGAGGGACUGAGACUGGAGAAGAACCAAAUCAGAGCAGAGCUGGAGAUGCAGUGUGGGUUACAGCAAGAGCAACUUGUCUCAGCUUCACUGAAAGAAGAACAAGAGGCUCAACAAAACAUGCAGAUCCAACAGCUUGAGGAGCAUCUGGAAAAAGCCACGGAGGAGGUAACCCUCUUGAAAAUGAACCUUCAAGAAAAUCUAGAUCUGGUGAUGAAGAGCCAGGCAGAGUCUAGGGAAGCUCAAGAAAAGGUCGGAAUCCUACAGGAUGAGAUCAACAUUCUGAAAAGUGAAACCCAAUACACUGGCAAAUUUCAAGAGCUUCAAAAUCAGGAUCAGAAGCUGGCGGAGGAGCUUGAAGAUGUGCGAGCAGAAAGAGAUGCUCUGCAAACUGAGAGGUCGCUUGAAGUUCAGACUAACAGGGAUGAGAUUGAAAAAUUGAUGGCUCAUGUAACCUCUCUCAAUGAUGAGAGAAAUCAGCUGCAGGGCCAACUGGAGGCACAGAGACAGGAAAUGAGCCAGCUCAGAGCUCAACUGGAAGAUGUGGCAGGAACAUAUCAAACUGAGGUUCAGAAGCUUGCGCAGGAGCUUGAAGGUGUGCGAGCAGAACAAGAUGCUGUGCAAUCUGAGCGGUCCCUUGGAGUUCAGACUAACAAGGAUGAGAUGGAAAAGCUGAUGGAUCAUGUGACCUCUCUGAAUGAUGAGCGAAAUCAGCUGCAAACCCAACUGGAAGCAGAGAGACAGGAAAUGAGCCAGCUCAGAGCUCAACUGGAAGAUGUGGCAUUAACAUAUCAAACUGAGGUUCAGAAGCUUGCGCAGGAGCUUGAAGGUGUGCGAGCAGAACAAGAUGCUGUGCAAUCUGAGCGGUCCCUUGGAGUUCAGACUAACAAGGAUGAGAUGGAAAAGCUGAUGGAUCAUGUGACCUCUCUGAAUGAUGAGCGAAAUCAGCUGCAAACCCAACUGGAAGCAAAGAGACAGGAAAUGAGCCAGCUCAGAGCAGAACUUGAAGAUAUGGCAGGAACGUAUCAAACUAAGACAAGUGCUUUAACAGAGGAACUUCAUCGUACUAAAGCAGAGAAAGAUGUGUUACUGGCUCAGAAUGAAGUCAGCUGCCAGAGCUCCGCAGAGGAAAUUAGGAGUCUGACAUGCAGAGUGAUGUCUCUAAGUGAGGAACGUGCCCAAUUACAGGAGACACUGGAGGAGCUCAAACUGAAGAAGCAACGGCUUACUGCAAAUCACCAAGCUGAGAACAUUUCUUUCAGUGACAAACUCAAAGCAGUUGAGGCAGAGAGAGAUGUCCUACUGGCUGAAAAGGAACUCAGUUGCCAAAGCUCAGCAGAGAAGAUUGAGAGUCUUACAUGCAGAGAGAUGUCUCUCAGUGAGGAACUUGCCCAAUCACAGGAGACGGUGAAGGAGCUCAAACUAGAGGAGCAACUGCUCACUUCAAAGCACCAAGCUGAGAAAAUGUAUCUCACUGAGAAACUCAAAGCAGUUGAGGCAGAGAAAGAUGCUUUACUUUCUGACAAGGAAGUCAUCUGCCAGAGCUCAGCAGGAGAGAUCGAGAGUCUGACAUGCAGAGUGACGUCCCUCAGUGAGGAAUGCGUUCAAAUGCGGCAGACUCUUGACGAGCUCAGAGAAGAGAAAAAACAGUUGCAAACAGAAUUGCAGAACAAGAUAAGCAUGAUUUCUACCAUCCAGAAUAAGAUGAGUGAUCAAAAUCAGUUAAGCUUGCAGCAGCAGGCAGAAUCAAGAGAGCGAGAGGCCGGCCUUCAACAAGAGGUACAGCAAUUAGAGGAGCAGCUAAAUACUUUAAAAAGGCAAAGUGAGGCUCACGUGCCGUCUGCAACCUUGCAGCAGUUGCCCGAUGAAGAUGAGACAUCCGUCUAUGUACGCAAUGAGAAACUUGGUCGUCUUGUACAGAACAUGGCCGAUGCCAAAGGGAGUGAAUCCUCAGAGAUACAAGACCCAACUGUAGAACUUCAGAAGUCAUUUGGAAGAUUGCUGAAAAUCCUGGACUACAGCACCUUCAUUGACUCCACAGGAAUCAAAGAGUUUGAUGAGGAUGUUUAUCUAAGCAAUGCUGAGUCGAUCACCUUGCCUCAAGCUACAUUGGAAGCCCACAAUACCGUCUGUCAUUUGGGAACGGAGUCUUUGAACAUUCUGGGACAUAUUGGUGAUGCUCUCGGAGAAAAAGCCAAGAUGUACAAGAAUCUGUUUGAGGAGUUAAUCAAGAAGGAUCUGUUUGAGUUUGAGGAGUGGCGCCGAAAGCUGUGCACAGUACAGGUGCCCACAAACUCCGUUCAAGACCAGGAAAAUCUUUCUGAGCAGGAGCGCAGAACAAAAGAGCUGUUGCAGAAAAGACAUUUUUACCUGGAGAAAAUGGAGAUUGUUUUGAAGAAGCUUCAAGCACGCUUCUGUUCUUGUGUUGGUGUUCUGUCAGCUGACAAUAAAGGAAGGGAAAACUUCGAACAGCAGUUUGAGGCUGGGAUCACCAGCCUGCCGGUGGUCCCCAGCAGGCUGGACAGUAUGCUGAGCUUGGAGGUGGAACGCAGAUCUGAAGUGAUACAAAGCAGGAAGAUGAUUUUACAGGGCAUUAUGGAUGAUGACAAAGAUUUGAGUUGGGAAUUGCGGCAGCUUGACUUUCAAGUUGAAUGUUACUUGGGACAACAAAGACACAAGCAUUCUUCCUGGUCUCGAGACUACAGACUCAUUCUUGAGCUGGAAGAAUCAAUGGAAGAAGUCAAAGAAUUGCGUAUGAAGACUGAGCAGCUGGAAGAGGCCCAGCUUAAAGCCAACAACCGUGAGUCCAGCCAUGAAAUGGCCUUUCAGCAACUUCAGACACAAAUGCAAAGUAUCCAGGCACAAGUUGAGGAGAAAGAAAACGCAAUUCAAAUGCUAAACGACCAACUGCAAAAGGCUGAGAAAAAUGCUUCUGCUGCUCAGCUGGAGAAAGUUUGUGCGAAACUGCGCAGGAUGGAAAUGGAAAUGAUCUCAGCAUUUGACCGACAUCAAACGGAGAUCCAGAAGAUGACAUCGGUUCUGCAUGAUAAGGACAGGUCUGUGAGGAGGCUGAAGGAAACACUCAGGACAUUACAGCAAGGAGAGCAGUCAUUCCUGCAGGGUGAGGAGCUGCAUGAGCGACUGGUUAACCCGCGAGGUUUGGUUGUCAAGAGCAGUCUUGUGCUGGAAAAGACCAAACUCGUGGAGGAAAGGACCAAACUGGAGGAGGAAAAGGCCAAACUGCAGGAGGAAGUCAAACGGCUUCAUCUGAAAAUCACACAUUUAGACAAGUUGGUUUUCAGCCACCAGGCAGAGAUCACUAAGUGGAAGAACAGAGCGUUGAAACUGAAGGUGAAGACCAAAGAGGACGCGGAUUGGUCUUCACAGCCUUAUCCUCAAACCAAGCCUGGACACACUCUGUCUUCUCCUUCCUCCUUCCUCGGCUCACCAAGGAAAAAGUACACCUCGACGCACCUGUUUAAUUCCCCAAAGAGCUCACUGCUUGACUCCCCGAAAAGCAGCUUUUUUGAUGGUCCUGACAAUUCCCAAAUGCUUUUGAAAACCUGCCCCAAGAACUUCUUUGACAACUCCAACCUUGGGUCCCUUCCAGAUGUUGACAUAAAGGAUGAGUCGCCAAGGCAACAAGAUCAGUGUACAACACAGUGAAUGCAUCCAUUUAAUAUCUUAUGUAUGUGUGUAUUUCGAACAUACAUGCGGUUUCUCCUUUUUUUUGUGAAGGGGGAAAAAACUACUUCCUAACAGUUGCUUUUAUCAAUAAAGUUAUUUUAACCAAGCAAA